AUGGGUUUUUUUAAUGAUGAGGACACAAGGCCUGAUUUUAGGCUGAGCAGGGAGGCCCUGGCUGUGCUGCUGAACCUCCUCCACCAGGAUCGGAGGCACGGAUGGGGUGCCACUAUUGAGACCCUGGUCUUUUUAUUCUGGCUGGCGUGUGGGGCCUCCUACAGGGUGGUCUCCAGAGUGUUUGGGAUACCUCCAUCCACUGUCCACCGCAUCGUCCACAGAUUCACUGAGGAGGUGGUGGCCAUUCGCCACCAGGUCAUCCACCUCCCGAGUACCCCCGAAGACCUGGAGGCAGUGUCUCGUGGGUUUUCAGGGCUGGCAAGACACCGAGGUUUUCGGAAAGCUGCUGGAGCCCUCGACGGCUGCCAUGUCCGGAUCAAGCCACCAUGCGGCCCUGAUGGUCAAUGCUACAAGAACAGGAAACUGUUUUCUUCGAUGCAGGCUGUUUGUGACCAUCAGGGCUGCUUCGUCGACACCUACGUGGGCUGGCCUGGGUCAGUCCUCGACUCGAGAGUGCUGCACCACAGCCCGCUGUACCAGCGGGCUCUCUACCCUCCUCCAGGGCACUUCAUCCUUGCAGAUGGCGGGUAUCCGUGCCUCCAACACCCACUCCCCCUCAUCACUCCCUACAAGAGGCCAUUGCAAGGUGUGGGACCCCAGCGCUUUAACGGCCAUCAUUCCAGGGCACGCUCCAUCAUAGAGCGUGCCUUUGGAAUGAUAAGCCAGUUCCGGGCAAUCUUUCUACAAGCGCUGGAGGUGCACCACACCUUCGUACCUCAU